UGAGUUUUGUAUAUGGACUGUGUGUGUUGCGUGAGUGGAAGAUUUUCUCACAGCAGAGUGGAAUAUUAUAUUCUUGAGCCGUUUUCCCCGCCCGGAACAGCAGAAUUCUACACUGUGCGUUGUCUCUGGACGCGAGAGGGAGACGGAGAUUGUUGAUAAACUGAUCUCUUGCAUUUUCCCGCGUGAAAAAAUCCACAAUCGCGCUCGUUCACUGUGGAAUAUACUCUAUAUAUAUAUUUUUUGUAACUUUGUGUGGAAAAGAGCGCUUUUUGUACUCUCUUCUAUUACACUGCCUGUUCUCUUGUGUGAUCCCGAAGUAAAUAAAAAGCCAUCACAAGUCGGGAUUUUGUGGCAGAUCGAAGGCGAAAAUGUGUGAACUCUUCGAUGAUAUGAGCUCAGGAUUUCACGAUGUGUUCCUCAAUAAAUUCUCGGAUUCCGGCCCCAUAAUGGACUUCUACAUCUCGGAUUCGAUGCAGGACAUGCUGGACAUCGACAUCCGCUCGGAGGUGGCGACAGUGGUUGGCGGCGCCAGUGAGUUCUCGUCACUGAUCAACUACGAUCUGCCGUCGCUGGACCUGGACUCCAAUGACAACGAUGGCGAGAUCUCGUGGCUGGGCGGGCCGAAGUGGUCGGCCGGGAGUGAUAUCUAUGCCGAUGUGGGCGCGUGUGUCAAUCCAAAUUCUGUGAUGCCGGUCAUCUCGUCGUCUGUGUUCACGGCAUCGCCGCGCAAUCAGUUGAAUCUCAAUACGAGUGUCAAUUUGGCCAAUGGCUGCUCACCGGCGAGUCCCAAGGAGAAGAAGAGCCACCUGACCUUCUCGCCCAAUCCGAUUAAGAUACCACAGGUGAAGGAUACCACGCAGACGACCACGGUGAAUGGCGUGAAGGUGUCGACGAUGAAUGCGUCGCGCAUUGAGGCGGUGAAGAAGGAUCUCAGUGAUGAGAUGAAGCACACGGAGAAGCCGAAUGGGAAGCACCAUCAGAUCAUGCCGCAGAUCACCACCACCAAUGGUGGCAUUCUGAAGAAGAUGAGCGGCAAUACAAUUGAGCUGGCCGUGGGCAUUGGUGGACUGACGUUUGCCAACAACAACACGGGCAGCAUUGCGAAGUUGAAGCAGAACGGCACGAUAAAGUCCUCACUGGCCAAUGGCAAUAUAAUUGUGCAGAAGCGUGAGCGUGAAUCUAGUCCGCAGCAUCAGCAGCAGAAUGGCAUCCACAGCCACAGUCACGCAUUCGGCGGCGGUGCCAUCAAUGGGCACACGAAGUUGCUGCAGAAGAGCAUCGUGGUGACGGCGAACGGGCAUCCGCGGACACUGGCGAAUGGGACAAACUUGAUUGCCACUUCCACACCUGGUCAGACGAAGAUCAAGAUCAAGUCCACGGGCAUGGAGUUCCCGAAGCCGGCGUACUCUUACUCAUGCCUGAUCGCGAUGGCGCUGAAGAACUCGCGCAGUGGAAGUUUGCCAGUGUCUGAGAUCUACAGCUUCAUGUGUGAGCACUUUCCCUACUUCAAGACGGCACCGAAUGGGUGGAAGAACAGCGUGAGGCACAAUUUGUCGCUGAACAAGUGCUUCGAGAAGAUUGAGAAGCCCACGACGAAUGGUGGACAGCGCAAGGGCUGCCUGUGGGCCAUGAAUCCGUCCAAGAUCAGCAAGAUGGACGAGGAGGUGCAGAAGUGGUCGCGCAAGGAUCCGCUCGCCAUCCGGAAGGCCAUGGUGUUCCCGGAGAAUCUCGAGGCGCUGGAGCGUGGUGAGAUGAAGCAUGGACACAGUGGUGAGAGCGAUAUUGAGAAUGAGGGACACUCGGAGUCGGAGGAGCACAGUGACUCUGAGGCGGAGGCUGAGCCGGAGUCCUGCGAUGAUGACGUCGAGGCGGAUUUUGAUGUUGAGGUUGCCGACUUGUAUGAUGAGAUCGACAUUGAGGACUCGAAGGAGCUUCUGUCCCUGAGUCACAGCUUCGUGGAUGACAGCGGCGAAGUGCUUCCAACGCACAAGAGGGCACGAUUGGAUGUCAACUACUCCAUCACACCCGCCACGCCAAACUCCUUCGGGCUCUCGCACAUUCAGUCCGGCCAGCAUCUGACCACGUCCACGCCACAGCCGUCGCACAACCGCCGGAAGAUGCAGCUGGUGAACCGAAUAGCCUAGGCGAGUCAGGGCGCCAGGACGCACCCUCAGGCAACCAAAUGUGAAUAACAAACCACCCACGCGAGAGAGAGAGAGUUUGAGUGAGAGAGCGAGAUGGAAUUCUAUAUGGUAGAAUUGUGAAGAGAGAGAGAGAGAGAGAGAGAAACAAUGUUUGUAAACACACUUUUCCUUAUUGUAAUCUCAAGAGGAAAAAUAUUUUUACUGUAAAAUUUAAGAGUCGUGAAAAUGUGUACUUGAAGAUGAAAAUCUCAUUGACAAUGUGAGAAAGAAUGUUGAGAGAGAGAAUUCCAUUGAGAGAGAGAGAGAAACAUUAGUUUUUAAGGAUUUCUUUACGCUUUCUUUUUAAUAAUAUUGUAUCUCUUGUAAAUAGAUUUACCCUUCCCUGCAGGAAUUUGCAAACUUAACUUUUAUAUAAAUAUAUUAACUACUGUAGGUAUUUCUUAGUGUUACAAAAAUAAAUGCUGGCGAAAGUUGAGACGGAAGCGCUAAGAGAAGGAUUUUUUUUGAACAAAUGACAGGGCUGAAAGUGAUGCUGAUGUUAAUUAUCGGAUGAUAACAUAAUCAACAUAAUAGUGGAGAAAUUAUGUAAAGAGAAUGUGAAGGAGAGAAGAAAUGGAGGGUAAAAGAAUGGUGUUUUAGAGGAGGAAUUUAUCACAAAAUUUUACAGUUUUUCUACACCAAAAUUAAUCACUAAAAAAAAAAAACUUUUUCGAGUUACUAAGAAAAAAAUGAAAACAUUCUUCAUUGGAAGGUCUUCCAGUGUUUAAGGAGAAGGGGGGCUGAAGAAAGAAGGAAGAGGAGAAAAUCUCCUUUUGGAAUGUAUGUGAAAGAAGUGUUGUAAAAAGGAAUAUUUUUGUGUGCAAUUUUCCACAAUAAUUUCACCUUCACGUGCGCACCUGCUGAAAAAUUGUGAACUUCUGUAAGAAAAGAAUAUCUUCUGAAAUGGUGACACGUUGCAAAAUUCGAGUAGAGGUGGAAAUAUUUGUAAAAUAGGUAAAAAAAAAACAAGAAGCCAGAAGACGGUUUCCACAGAUUGAUUGCAAAGAAAAAAAAAGAGUAAAUCUUGUAAAUUCAUUUGCAACAUUAGCGAAUAAUUCCUAGAAAUGUAGUUGAUGUGUAAAAAAUUUAACAAUUUUUUCUCUCAAUCUCUGAAGAUUUAUAUUGUGAGAUUUUGUCCACAGAAUAAUUAAAUAAAGAAAGGAGAAAAAAGAGGUACUUUUGUAUAGGCAAAUGGAAAAAGAAGGAUUUGCACUUUAUACACGAGCAGAGAAGAGAAAAAGUGUGAAAUUUGGGAGUUGGAUGGAAAUUUUGUAUAGGAAGCAAAGGAAAAAAAAGAAAAAAUUGCCAAUUCAGUAUUCAAAAGCAAAAAAAGGAUGGGAAAUAAGAGACAUUGAAUGUUUUUUUGGAAGAAGAAACACAAGAAAUAUUUAUAAAGGAAAACUUUGUAAAAUAAAAAAAAAUGUUAAUCAUCUCCUCAUAAAGAAAAUUAGGGCAGAAAAUGGGCGAAGCGGAAAUUCUUCCAUUAUUGGGAAUUUCUAUUAUAAGUUUUCUUCUCCUUUUCAAUUUACAAAUUUUCUUAACUAAUAAUGUAAUUUAUUUGUUCACAAGAAGACAAAAAAAAGAUGCAAAACUGUGAGAAGAAAAAAAAAUCCCCCAAGAUGACGAAAAACAGUACAAAAUAUAUGAGAGAAAAUCACUUUGUGAAUCCUUUAUGUUAAUUUUAAACCAAUUUAUUCACGAUAUAUUGAGUUGUUUGUCCUCCGGAGAUGAUCCGUGAUUGGAGAGAUGCGAGAAAAGAGAGUAUAUAAUCCGGAAUGAGAGAUAAGUGGAAAGCAUAGAAGAGGACGAUAGAAUCCUAUUUGCUACUUCUAGUGAUAAGACUCUUUUGUAAGAAACAAACAUUUUUGUAUGAAAAUAAUAAAUGACAAAAAAAUCCA